AUGAAUAUUUUAUGUAAUUUUUAUCCGUCCAAAAAAAUCGCGUCAAAAAAAAAAUCAUUUCAAUUUUUCUGUUUCAAAGUAUCAGGCGGAAUGUUGGACAGCGGAGCGUCCCAGCGUCGAGGGUCAACCCAAAGUGACACAAGUGCCUUAGUCAGUAGCCUGACACGUGAUCCAUCAGCGUCACCUAGCGGAAUAAGCAGCGCAGCAAAUACCCGCGAUAGUUCUCCCAGUCCCAGCUGUAGUUCCCUCCAAAUGCGCUCAGAGGGCAGUAUCGCGAGUCCCCCGGAUACGCCGCGCAAGGAACCGCCCCCAAUUCAGGAACCGGUUCCUCAGACCCCCCACCACCACCAGAACCAAUACCAAAAUCAAAAUGCAAACGAGAAGAAAGUAUCUCAAGCUCAAACCCAAACCAGUCCUGAGAACGCGAUGAUAAAGAGCCACUUUAGCAUCGGAGCUUCGGGAAAAGACGACCGACACUCUCCUAAAGUUACCCGCCGGAGCCAUAUGAAGAUCGCAAAAACCCGAACGAAACGCGCGAUAUCUCCGGCGAACAUUCAGUCCCAACAAUCGUCACCCAGCACCGCGCGAAUGUUGAAUCUGAACAAAGACAAGGUCAAAGAAGCGAUGAGUCCGUCAGUAGCCGAGUGUCUUCGUGCCGUUUUCGCGGCUUUUCUCUGGCACGAAGGAAUUGUUCACGAUGCAAUGGCUUGCGCGAGUUUCUUAAAAUUCCACCCGGCUUUGCCGAAAAACGGAGCUUUGGUAGUCACCCGACAGCCAGUUAUUCAUGAUAAAACGGAUAAGAACAAAGACGAGCUUACGAAAGAACAACGCGCGAGACAAAGGCAUUCUGUUGAGGUUACCACAGCGGGAAAUUACCUCCAUAUUCAGCCAAGCACUCUCGAGGCACUGACCCGGUCUGCUGCAAAUGCAAACGCAAAUCGCAAUCGUAACAAAAAGCAAGAUGUGAUUGCAACAGACCCCUCUGUGACGAUCAAAGAAGAAGUUUCAAGCAACAAGCUUAUGGCUUUGCCUGAAACUCACACAGUUGCUGUUCUUCCCCCGGCUUUAAAGAGCCUCGUGUUUCUCUGGGAAGAACUCAGUGGCAAUUGCAUUCAGGCUAUUGAAGAACAAACUAUGUUUCCGAGUCCUAUUUCGCAUUUUCUGCUCAAAACGCCUAAAAAGUCUGCUGAUAAAGACAAGGAUAGGGAUAAUAAGGAAAAUAAAGAUGAUAAAAUGUCUAGUGUAAAUAUUGGUAGUGUUAAUAAGGAUAAGGAUAAAAAAGUAACGAAAAAAAAGAAAGAUUUGAACAAAAUAAUGAACAAAUUUGGAUUUUUUGCGGGAGAAAAUACCGGAGAAUUGGAAACAACUUGCGAGCUUUGCGGACAAAUGUUCCCUCAUCCGAUAACUUACCACAUGAAGACAAUGCAUCCAGGUUGUGGGUGGCAUUCUGGUGGUAUGGGGUACAAUAAUGUAGGUAAUUACUGUUCGGGCUGGGCGGGAAAUUGUGGAGAUAGUGAUUUUGGCGGUACAUGCUGGUAUUUAAUUUGCGAUGAGUGUCGCGAUAAUUAUUUGCAAAUACGAAGGAACAAAAUGGGAAAUAAAAAACUCCUCAAUGGACCUAGUUUACCCGCUACGGCAAGGCGCAAGGGUAUCAAGACAUUUUUGUCACCUAUAAACAGCCCCAGUAGCAAUGACGCGCAUAUCGUGAUGAAGAACAACGCGAUGUUUCUAUUGGACCUUUCUAGCGCUGCAGGAGUUACAAUUCCCAAGCAGCAACGCAGGCCGUCGCAAACUUUGACCUCAGUAGCUGAGAAUUACAGUCCUCCGGAAGUUACGGCGGGGCCGUUUCCUCCUACUGGACCGUUUCAGUGCUUGCAGGCGCUGGGUGUCCAUCACUCCUCAAGCGCACUGAAUGAAGAACGUUAUUAUGAAGAAACGCUGCGUCGGCAAAAUAGUCAGGGAAAUUACGAGGGCAAUUACAAUAACUUCAGCUGCAACUACGGCAGUAAUGGACGUCCUUUAUCUGAAUGUCCGAUGAGCGACAGCGAUAGUGAAGGCGCAAGACGCGGAACUGGCGUUGGAGCCUUCCACAGGUCAGUUUCAAUGUCAACUGGCGCUCCUUGGGCUCGGAACAGCAAUGACGGCCGCGUUGUUAUGAUGCGAAAGCGCAAUAAUAGCAGCAGUGAAAUGAACACCGAGGCUGGCUCGUCGUUGCUUUGCUACCCUUCAGCAGCUUUGCAAAAGCUUGUUCCUUCAAUGGACCAGUCGGCAAUUGUUGCAGUAAAUCAGGAAGAAAUUUCCAACGUAGAUCGCGUUGAAAUGCUUACAAGACCAGUUAUGCUGUUCGUUUUGCAGCAGCACAACCUCCAACACUUGCAGCUUGCUAUGAAACAAGCGCUGCGUAGAUCUGCCUGCAGAAUUUACGCAAUGCAAGCGUUCAAUUGGCUCCUAAGAAGCGUUACCCAGCCAAUGGGCUUGCAUGAUCUAUUGUGGUGGUUCAUGGCAUUUCUGACACCCGCGACUCCUGAUUUAGACGUGGAAGUAGACAACCACGUGGAGCGUAAAGAAGAUCUAGAUAUGACGGGAGUCUACGAGCAUCCUUUGAGCGACCUGGCUAUCGCUGGAGAAGCAAUCAAUCCGCUGCCUAGUGUCUUCCACACUUUGCUGCAGACAAUUUCUGACCUGAUGUUGCUUCCUCCUCCCGGCUCGCCCCUUCAACAGGCAGCCGUUCAGUGCUGGGGGAUCAAAUUCACCGCUGCUGAUCACAUGUUUCUACACCGGAGCCACGUCUUCAGUAACAUCAGCAAGAUUCUUUCCCGGUCAGAAGAGGAGGAAGAUGUGACUAUGAGCAUGCAUGAGAGCCACCAGUCUACGGUUUCUCAGCCGAUAACUGCGUCGGUGGAGGCGCUGAAGGAUCUGACUGCUGGGGUGGAAAUAAAAGGUUCCAGCAGGCAGGCGAUGAUAGGACACCUAAUUGAUAACUCUACUGAGACAUUCUGGGAGUCUGGGGAUGAAGAUAGAAACAAGACCAAGACUAUCAGUAUUAUUUGCAGCGCUCAUACAUUCCCGAGGAUGGUUUACAUUCACAUUGACAACUGCCGCGAUCUGACCCACAAAGUUUCCAGUGUUACUUUCCAAUCUGGGGUUAAUGUCGACGAAAUGAUUAAGUUGAAGACAGUAGAGAUUGAAAGCAGGUCUGCUGGGUGGGUCAGCUGUCCUAUUACCGAUCCAAGACACAUUAUCAUUGGUCUAGAGUUCAAAGGUCCUGAUAAUUCGCUUAGAGUCAGGCAGAUUCGCGUGUUAGGAGAAACUGAAGGCGAGCCUUUAAAAAUUGGCAAGCAAUUGAGCACUCAGACAAUUCAACAGCGUAAUUGCGAAGCUGAGACUCUAAAAGUAUUCCGGCUGAUCACUUCUCAAGUGUUUGGAAAGCUCAUUCAGGGGGAAAUGAUGCCGCAAAGACGGCAGCAGCAAGAGUCAGAAGGUAAUGAUGAAUUAGAGGAGAGCAAUGACCUUCGUGAGCAUAUGGUAGGAAUCUUAUUCUCCCGCAGUAAAUUGACUCAUUUGCAAAAGCAAGUUUGCAGCCAUAUUGUCCAAGCAAUAAGAAAAGAAACUAUUAGAUUGCGUGAAGAAUGGGAGCUGCUUCUUUGCUCACCCACUCCAGCAAACAGUAUUCUCAGCGAAUCAAGCGACGUUCCUAAAGCUUCUGACACUUACUGCUUCGAAAUGUUAUCAAUGGUUCUUGCAUUAAGUGGCAGCGCAGUGGGCAGAAACUAUCUUUCGCACCAAUACGGUUUAAUAAAGGACAUAUUAAGCCUCCUUCACACCGGGUCAGCGCGCGUUCAACGGCAAGUAACCUCCUUACUGCGCAGAAUUCUACCCGAAAUAAAACCGGAGCAUUUUGCUAAUGUAUUAGGAGUCGAGCGGCUGCCUCCGUCGGACUUUAGCAUAGUUUCAGUUACAAAUAGCGGAAGCGCAAGCGCUUCUAACUUCGACGAGCACGCCGCGGGAAUUCUGGAUGUGUUUCUGAGCUGCAUUGCCAAGACCUUGGCGGUCCAGGUGAAGAUCAAAGGGAAGGAGAACAACGGCAAGGCACUGCAGACAGUUUCUCUGGCGACUAGCAUCCACCCGAAGAGCUACGUUGGUUCUAGAUGGUGGUUAAGGGGGUGCAUGACGCGGAAGCUCGCAGAAGUUAUCAUCCAGCUGCUGAAAGACAUGGCGACGGGGAAGUUAUCAGACACUUGGGCAGCGGUGACGAAAGCUGCGAUUGCGGAGAAUAUAUUGAACUUAACAAGGUUGGACGAGAAACGUCGUGAGCCUAAUGAGUGUCUGCAUACGCCCACACUGUGGUUGGCGCUGUCUUCGCUGUGUGUAUUGGAUUCUGACCACGUCGAGCGUCUGUCCUCGGGGCAGUGGAAUGCAAGCUUGGACGGACAACCGCCACCGCCUCGUCCCACUUGCAGCAACCACGACGAUGAGGAAACCACCGCGAUAAUCCAGUGCAAUGUUUGCGGUAACUUGUGCGCAGACUGUGAUCGCGUUCUGCAUUUGCAUCGACGGACUAGGAUGCAUAUUAGGCAGGUUUGCAAAGAAGAGGAGGAAGCUAUUAGGGUGGAUCUUCAUGAAGGGUGCGGAAGAACUAAGCUCUUUUGGAUUCUUGCGCUUGCUGAUAGUAGGACGCUGAAAGCUCUGGUGGAAUUCCGCGAUGGAACGCCAAGGAAGCCUGUCGGAACUUCCGGGGUCUGCCGUUUUUGCGGAACCACGGGAAAUUCAGGGCUCCUGGCUAUUGGAAACGUCUGCUCGGAUCAUGAGUGUCAGGAGCAUGCCAAGAAUGCGUGUAGUAAGAUUCAUUCGUGUGGUCACAUUUGUGGAGGGGUCAGAAAUGAGAAAAAUUGCCUGCCUUGCUUGCAUCGCUGUCAGGCGAGUAGUGAUCUGAAGCAGGAUGCUGAUGACAUGUGCAUGAUUUGUUUUACGGAGGCUUUGUCAUGUGCGCCGGCGAUUCAAUUGCAGUGUGGACAUGUUUUUCAUUUACACUGCUGUCGGAAUGUUUUGAUGAAGAGGUGGGUUGGACCUAGGAUCACUUUUGGGUUCUCUUUCUGCCCGAUUUGUAAAGUUCCGAUUGAACAUCCUACCUUGGUGGACCAGUUGACCAGUAUCAAGGAACUUUAUACAGAUGUUAAGAGAAAGGCGCUCAUGCGGCUGGAAUAUGAAGGGCUGCAUAAGGCCGAAGCAGUGACUGCACCUGGAGGACGUUACCACAAAGACCCAGCAGCGUAUGCCAUGGACCGGUACGCUUACUACGUGUGUUACAAGUGUCAGAAGGCUUACUAUGGAGGUGAAGCACGUUGCGACGCUCAACUAGGAGGUGAAACCUUCGACCCCACGGAAUUGGUUUGCGGGGGUUGCAGCGACGUGGCAAGGGCUCAGAUGUGUCCCAAGCAUGGAGCUGACUUCCUCGAAACGAUUGAAUAA